AUGCAUAUAGAACUCAAAGAGUUCGCACAAUCCGGAGAAAUUGAUAAUGAUGACAUCUCUCAAACAUCUACUAUUCAUAAUUGGAUUAGAAAAUAUUCAAGAGAAUUUAAUCACGAAGGGACAAUUAUUGCACUUGAAACAUUCAAUGCUAGUGGUUCUUCCUCAAAUGACCAAUAUUA